AUGUCCAGCGGCAACACUGCCAACACGGCCACUGGCACGUCCAGUGCGUCUGGGACGCCCAAAUCCAACACCAAUUCUUCUUCCGCCACGACGAGCGGGAAAUCAACGAUAGCCAAGGAAGUGUCUCACUACGUGGUGACGGCUCAUCCUCCCGGUGGAGUAUUGUUUACUUGCAAGGGUCAUUUUGUGGCAUCUCAUGACGCAGCGUCGACGCAAGACGUGAUUGUGGCCAAGAGUCGUCGUUUGGAACUACGAACCUGGCAAUCGUCUUCCAACAACAGUACUACUAAUGCUAAUUCGACAACAACGUCCAACAAUGAUGGCGGCGGCGGAGACCACAACAAGACGUCUCUCUUUCCCGUCUUGGCAACGACACCGAUUCAUGGUCGUUUGACGUGUCUCCAAACGUUGAAAUUGAAGAAAAGCAGUGUCGACAUGAUCUUUGUCACGACGGAUCGACAUCAAUACGCGGUCCUCAGUUAUGAACCCACCAUGAGACCCUAUCCCUUUCGCACGCAUGCCAGUGGACGAUUGCCGUCGGGAGAGGAUCCAUCCUUGUUGGGCAGACGAUCCGAAAGUGGACCUCUGGUCGCCAUGGAUCCUCAGCAUCGCUGUAUUGCACUGCAUUGGCUCGAUGGACUCGUCACCAUUAUUCCCAUUGAUCAAAAUUACAAUCCUCCACUCGAAACAACAGCAGCAGCCACGGACAACAUGCCGGCAUAUUGGCCCAAAGCGGCGUCUUCACAAAGCAACAGCAAUAACAACAAAUCCUGUCUCAAGGAACCCUUUCAUGUCCGCAUGGAAGAGCGGACGCUCCUCAAUAUGGUCUUUUUACAAGCCAACAACUCUAGUGCAAAUAGUGCAAGCAGUGGAAAUCUCAAGACGGACGAAGGCACAGCAGCCGAUGUGCAAAUUCCUCCUCAAUUGACAUUGUUGCAUCAAGAUUCCCGGGGCACGCAACACGUGUACACUCAUUCGGUCGAUCUGCGCAAACAUUCCUUUUCGGCCGGCAAUUUGAAACGCAGUCGCGUCGAUGGGGGCAGCAGUUGGAUGAUUCCCGUCCCUGCCUCGCGGCCUAUUUUGCAACCACCACAAGGAGACGCUGCUGCUACUACUAGCAACAACAAUACCACUACCACAACAAAACCCAAUGGGACCAUUACGUUGGGAGGUGUCAUUGUCUUGGGACAACGACAAAUUACCUAUGCCAAUCCGACCACCACCAAAGUCACACCGGUACCACCCUGUCUCUUUUUGAGUUGGGAUGCCCUCCCGGAUGAUCCCAAGGGAAUGCCACGAUACUUGCUCGCGGACGAAUUUGGGAAUUUGCAUUUGCUCAGUUUUCUAACGUAUCAUGCCCGGAUUUACACUCGGGGACAGUCAGUUGGUACAGAUUCACGAAGAACCCAUUCGCAGUGGACCGAAGGACACCCGGCGGCCACCACGAACAACAAUAAUAAUGCCAUGGAAGACGAUCACAGUGUCGACGAUGCCACCACGACUGCGGCCGGGAAUACCAGCAACAACAACAAUAGCAGCAGCGGCGACAUGGAUUGGAUGGUCGACAGUACCUAUCUGACCGUGGUGGAAGAAUACACCCAUCUGGGUCCUAUUGUCGAUUUUGAUUUGGUCCCCACGGCACCUGGAUUGGCCAAUAAUACCAAUACCAAUCAGCCCUCGCAGGUCGUCACGGCCAGUGGAACAUCUCGUGCGGAUCUAUUCGACUCAUUCGCAAUGGUAUUGGCAUGA